AAUCGGGGCUGGACGGCAGCGGGGCUGUCCCCUUUCGUUGGGUUUUCCUGGGGCCGCCCCUCCAACGACGUCACCUUCUUAGAUGUUCUCUUCUCGGUGACGUCAUUCUACCCUGUCCCCGAUAUUGUGACGUGACAUAGCCAUUGGCCCCGCUGUCUUGUUUUCUCCCCCGGCUCCUCCCUCCACUCCCACAAGCGGUAGGGGCGUUGCGAUGAAGCGGAGGAAUGUGCCUAAGCCAGCCCUCGGUGGAGCAGGCCGUCCCGGACGGCUUCAACGCCACCUAAUGAGCGGCGAGUUCGACGAGCUGCGAGACUUCUCCAUCUUUGAGAGCAACUUCGUGCAGGUAACCCAGUUAGGAGAAGUCGCCAACAAAGUCACAAUGGGGGUGGCAGCCUCCAGUCCAGCCCUGGAACUCCCUGAUCUGUUGCUGCUGGCGGGCCCUUCCAAGGAAAAUGGACAUCUGGAGCUCUUCGGGCUGUUCCCCUUGCAGUUUGUCCAGCUCUUCGUCCACGACGAAAGCCGCUGGCAGCUCAAGGUCAAGUUCUGCACCGGCCGCGCCUUCUACUUGCAGUUGCGGGCCCCGUCCGAGACUCGCGAUCGCGAGUUCGGCCAGUGGGUGAGGCUGCUCUACCGCCUGCACUUCAAUUCAGCCCAAGGAGCUGUGCCUUUCACACAGGAGUACUCAGCACCAGAGGACGACGAGGAAGAGGAGGAGGAGAAAGAAGAGGAAGAGGAGGAGAUCUGGCUAGAGUGGGAGAAGCAUCAAGCCACAGAAGCCAGACUUGACCCACAGGCCUCCGAACUCUGGGGACUCUGAUUCUUCUAACAUCCUUUGAAGUCACCAAAGGACCAAAGUUCAAAGCACCUUACCUCAGGGCCUGGCAGAUGAAUUGUUAAAGUUAAUAAAGAUCUGCCACUUAAGACCCAACAACCUGGUCAUGACCAGAUUCGUCGCCAUCACCAAUUCAACAUGGCUGCCUCCCAGAAGUAGCUUUUCCAGUAUGGCUGCCUCAGUAUAGUCUGCAGUUCGCCGUGUUUAGCUCCUUGGGCCACCAACGAGACCUAGUACUCACUAUUACGACAUGGCUACCUCAGCAGUCUUCUCAGUCUAGCCUUUGCUUCAUCUUUGACACACUGCAGUUACCGUUGCAACCAGCCUGCCUCCUCUCUCUCCUAGGAGCCAGUCUGAGAGGGCUGCCUCCAGCUGCCUCCAUGGCCUUGGGUUCACCUUUGACUCUCUGCAGUUGCUACGUUAAUGUGGUUGCCUCACAGAAGUAGAUGUUCCGAGAUGGCCACCGCAACGUGAUCUGUUUUAUCAUGACUGCCAUUCCAACAUGACUGCCCCAAUGUGCCUAACCCCCAAUGGGAGAAGGAAGGCGGAGCUACAGAUUCAAGAAGGACAGACACAUGAGAGCCCCAGACAACACUAUUUUGUUCUCAGUGAUAACUUGGGAAAGGAGAACACGGUUUGGGCAAGUCUGGGAUUGCGGUUAGGACUCAGCAGCAUUGUCUUGACAGGUGGGAGACAGUUUCACUGCAGCACUGUGGGGGAAAUGAGGAAAGAGUAGGUGAGGUGGGUCCACCCAGGCCCCUCUGCCUGCUGUAUCCGCAUGACCAGCAGGGGGAGGAGCACGAUGACUUGUCAUCAUCUAACACCUGUCCCUGACCACCAUAUGGCAGCCAAUGCAAUGUCAUGGUGCCUGUGAUUACUGUCAUUUUGAACCCUAAACUGGCAUGUUCUGAGCAGCUGCUGGCUAUGAGUGGUCACUGGAAUCCUGAAGUCAGUAUAUGGUGAUAAAGGUGACAGCAUAAUAUUAGGGUCAGCCUGGAAAAGCAGUGAUCUAGAAUGACAGACACUCAGGUCUGGAAAGUGUCCUC